AUGGCGAGCUGGAUAUUCGUGGCGAUCGUAUGCUGCCUGGUCAGUGGGCUACAGACGCAAACGAACUACUGCACCACAACUUAUUGUAAGACAGGAGUACCGAACGUCGGUUGUAAUCCACCUCCAGCAACCGGUGGUAUUAGUUGCGCCGGCAAGAGUCCGGCCGUAGUGGUAAUGGACUCCAAUCUGCAGAGUUUGAUUCUUUCCGAGCACAACACACGUCGAUCGAAGUUUGCCCUAGGUCAGUUGGCGCCGUGUGCAUCCUGUCCAUCGUUCCUGCCAGCGAAAGCAAUGCCUACGAUUACCUGGGAUACGGAACUGGCAAACCAAGCAGGCAACAAUGCUCGUAGCUGCGUCUAUGGACACGAUCGUUGUCGUAAUACGCCUGUGUACGCAUGGGCCGGACAGAACAUUGCCAUGUCACAGUUUUACGGCAUGACCAAAACCACUUCCCAACUUGUUCUGGAGGGUAUCAAUGGCUGGUGGAGCGAAUACAACGUCACCACACAAACUCAGCUGGACGGCUAUCCAUCGGGUUAUACGGGACCUGCAAUUGGACAUUUCACCCAGAUGGUGAGCGAUCAAACUGACAAAAUGGGAUGCGCUAUGCAGUACUGGUUGGAUGGACAGUGGAAAACGUACUAUUUUGUCUGUAACUAUGCCGUCACGAACGUCGUCAGUCGUCCGGUUUACAAGAACGGAACGUUUGCUUGUACUACGGGACGCAACCCGAUUUCAACAAUGAACGGACUGUGCUCAACGGCCGAAAAAAUUGUCCCUGUGUACAACUAA